CGGAGGAGCGCAUCCCCCGCCUCCGCCGCCGCCGCCGCCGCCGGCCGCCCGCCGCUGGGUGCGCUGCUCGCGGGGGGCGGCCGCGGUGCAGAGGUUCAUGCAGCGGCGGCGGCGGCAGAGGAACCGGGCUCCAUGCGGCCGCCGCCGCCUCUCCGGCCAGGGGCGGCGGGCUCCGGCCCGAGGCGGGCGCCCCUCCCCGCAGCGCCGCUCCCUGCCCUGCCCUCCGCGCGGGCGCCGGAGCCGGUGGGGGCGCCCCUCCCCGCCUAGGAGCGCAGGCUCCGCGCCCCGCCGGAGCGAGGGGCGGGCGUGGCGGGGCGGGGGCGGGCUGCCCGGACCCCGCGCGGCGGCGGGAGGAGGGGGCUUCCCCGGAGGAUGGCCGGCGGCGGCGCCCCGCUCCUAGGCGCGCGCUGAGCCGCCCCGGGCGCGGGAGGCGCGUGGCCGAGCCGGCGUGACGGGCCCCCCGGCGGCCCCCGCGCCCCGCGCCGCGCAGGCCGGGCGGCAGGAUGGGCUGCGUCCAGAGCAUCGCCUGCAAGGCGCGGGUGCGGCGCGAGAACAUCGUGGUGUACGACGUGUGCGCCACCAUCGACCAGUGCCCCACGCGCAUCGAGGAGACCUCGCCCAUCGUCCUGCGCUACAAGACCCCCUACUUCAAAGCCUCGGCGCGCGUGGUCAUGCCCCCCAUCCCCCGCCACGAGACCUGGGUGGUGGGCUGGAUCCAGGCGUGCAACCAGAUGGAGUUCUUCAACACCUACAGCGACCUGGGCAUGUCGAGCUGGGAGCUGCCUGACUUGAGGGAAGGGAGAGUAAAAGCCAUCAGUGACUCAGAUGGGGUGAGCUACCCUUGGUAUGGGAACACCACAGAAACUGUGACCCUGGUCGGCCCCACCAACAAGAUGUCCAGGUUCUCCGUCAGCAUGAAUGACAAUUUCUACCCCAGUGUGACAUGGGCGGUGCCAGUGAGCGACAGCAACGUACCCCUGCUCACCAGGAUCAAGAGGGACCAGAGUUUCACCACCUGGCUGGUAGCCAUGAACACAACCACAAAGGAGAAGAUCAUUCUGCAGACCAUUAAGUGGAGGAUGAGGGUGGACAUUGAGGUGGACCCCCUUCAGCUCUUGGGACAACGGGCCCGGCUGGUGGGCAGGACUCAGCAGGAGCAGCCCCGGAUCCUGAGCCGGAUGGAACCCAUCCCCCCCAACGCACUAGUGAAACCCAAUGCCAAUGAUGCCCAGGUCCUCAUGUGGAGGCCCAAGCGGGGGCCACCUCUGGUUGUGAUUCCUCCUAAGUAGAAACCAGCCAGCCUGAAAGUAUGUGGAGCACCUGUCGUGGAGACACGCCGUGGGGGUGCCAGGGAUGGCAGGAGCCAAACUGAAUUUCUGAGCCAAAGCAGACCUCCUGGUUUGCCAGCCUUUGCAGCCACCUGUGAAGAGCAGAGCUGCUCCUUGGUGGUAGAACCAUAAUCCUUAGGGAAAAUCUCUUCCUCUUAGGAAUAGAGAAAUCACUGCUUCAACAGACUUGCUAUGAACACCAUGCAAGGAGCCAUAUUUUAUUUGGAGCUGACCAGGAUGAUUCUUUUAUCCAAACUAUUGACCAUUUUCCUGUGAGAAGCAGGGAAUGGAAGCGAAACUAAACAGUGCCUGUGGCAAAUGCUGCUUCCCAACCAGUUAGAAGUGGAAGUGAAACACCCACACCAGGCUUUUGUAAGACAGACAGUCCGCUGUCUGACGGGAGGGUGCUGGGGAAGGGGGUGGAAUGAAGGGCGGUGGUGAGGAGAAUGGGUGUUGGGGAGAGGAAGGAAUAAGUUAUUAUCACAAAUUAAUCAUUGUACAUUUAUUAGUUGAUUAUCUGGUCAUCCGUAGACUCACUGGAAUGAAAGGAACACUUAGAAACUGCAGGUAUAUUGACAUUUGUUCUGUUCUGAGAGGGCGUCCUGGGAGCUAUCCAAGGUGCUGAUAUGAACUAACCGAUGGUGACUCUGGAUGGUUCCAUCUACCUACCUACCUCCUUCCAAAAAGUGAUUACUCAGAGCAUCCUUAAUCACAGUGUUGGGAUAGGUCAUUUCUGUGCUCUGCAGUCACUAUGAUAUUCGGGGCCUUCACCAUGUUUUCAGUGAAACCUGAAUUGUGAUUUUUUGUUUACAGCUGCUUGUUCUGUUCCUGUUACUAGUCCUAAAUUUACAGAAAGAUAAUGUGUAUAAGCGAAGAAUCCAUGGAGGGCUUCAAGAACAUUUCAGCAAAUAAGAAUAGCAUUUUCA